CUUGAUAUAAGCGCUAAUGACAUACCAGAAUCGUGAACCUGUUUCAAACUAACGUCUUCUAGAGAAUUUACAGUUUACCACCUCUUAAUAUUCUGUUAUCGGUUUAUUCGGUGACUGUGCUCGGGGGAAUCCUCACCGAGCAGAGAAAAAAAUUGUGACUCAAACGAAUAUUUUGUCGAAGAAGGUAAGAUAUGGUUUUAGAAGCACAACAGAUAGCAGCCACGGCGGUUGGCUCAAGCUCACAAUCACAUUUCAAGAAGCAUGACAAACUACCAGGAAGUCCCGGAAGGAACCUCGGAAACAACGCCUCUUUUGGUGAAUCCCCAAGCCAUCGAGAAAUCGGUCUGGAAAGAUGAAUUUAAAAUUUUGUCAAGGUACUCCGGCUCGCUCGUCGUCGCCAACCUAUUGCAGUUCUCUCUCAAUCUGACCAGUAUUAUCGUCGUUGGCGGUCGUGGCAAGAUCGAGCUGGGCGCCGUGAGCGUUGCGAGUAUGACCGCAAAUAUUACCGGCUUUGUCGUUUUCCAAGGUCUCGCCACAAGUCUCGAUACACUGUGCGCCCAAGCUUGGGGGUCCGGAAACACGAAGCUCGUAGGAUUACAUGUCCAGAGGAUGGUCCUACUUCUGUGGUGCAUUGGUAUUCCUAUCGCGGUGCUUUGGUAUAACGCGCCUCGCCUCUUAACCAUACUUCUGCCAGACCCACAGACAGCUGCACUUGCUGGCUUAUAUCUUCGAGUUCUAAUAUGUGGUAUCCCCGGAUUUGGAGCCUUCGAGGCGGGGAAGAGGCUUUUAACAGCUCAAGGAAUCUUCUUUCCCAUAACAUGCAUCCUCUUCAUUGGGGCUUCUGUGAAUGUACUCGCAAGUUGGCUAUUCGUCUGGGUCUUCGACUGGGGAUUUAUAGGAGCACCAAUUGCUGUUGCUACAACCCAAACCCUGCUUCCACUCUCUCUCACAGCCUAUGUCAUGCUUUCCCGAGGUCGCGAGUGCUGGAGCGGCACCACAUCCGCGGUCCUACAAAACUGGGGUUCUAUGUUACGCCUCGCCCUACCAGGGCUCCUCAUGGUUGAAGCGGAGUACCUCGCGUUCGAGAUCCUAGUCCUCGCCGCAGCGUAUUUGUCUCCCGCCCAUCUAGCAGCACAGACGAUUCUUGCCACACUAAACGGUACUCUGUGGCAGAUCCCCUUCUCCAUCAGCAUUGCAGCCUCCACCAGAGUGGCACAGUGUAUCGGUGGUGGACAUGUCCAGGCCGCGAAAAUGUCAGGAUUGGUAGCGUUCAUUGGCACAUUCGUCGUAGCAACAAUAAACGCAACUAUUUUCUUCUCGCUGCGUGAUCACCUGCCUCACAUCUUCACGAAGGAUCGAGAAGUCAUUGCGCUUGUCGCCCAUACGCUGCCACUCGUCGCCGUGAUGCAGCUCUUCGAUGGCCUAGCGGCGUACUGUAAUGGCGCUCUCCGGGGGGUUGGUAGACAAGCCAUUGGCGGCUGGGUGAAUCUAGGGUGCUACUAUACUGUUGCGAUACCGCUCUCUCUAUGGACCGCGUUUCAUCUGCAUUGGGAUCUGGAUGGCCUCUCGACUGGUGUUACGGUGGCGUUGAUCCUGGUUACGGGAAUAGAGGGCGUUGCACUUAUGAAUCUCAACUGGCAGAAAAGCGUGGAUGAUGCUGAACAAAGGAACUGUGUAGUAUAACCAGGAUAGAGAGAGAGACUUACUCAUACUCCAACGUUGUGCUGAGAUGCUGG